GAUAAAAGAAGUGAUGAUUGCCAUUAUUUAGCUUCUUUGAGGUUGUAAGAAAGAAAUUGGUUUAGUUUACCUUCCAAGUUUAUUAUAAAGACACAUAUCUGAGUUGGCCUUCGUGAAAAUUAAACACCAUUUACCUUUUAUGUCCUCUAGUUCACCUGUUGUUACCAACUCUAGUAUUUCCACCAUUUUGACCAAUCAGCCUAUAUCUCCUUAUAAUGUACUUCUAUUUCUCUAGACUAUAAGCUCUCCCAUUUUCUUACUUCUCUUGGCUUCAUACUUCUUAAGAGAAAAGAUGUGAUUGGGUUGUCCAGUCAUCAUCCAGGUGAGCAGUGCUGUCCUCACUCACCUCUCAGGUCCUUGAUGGUCUUUGGGCCAGAGCUGAUCUCUGGUCAGUCCCUUAUAGCCAGUGGUGGUGUCUCAUCUAAGUCAUGGUGAUGAUGCUGAAAGAAAUGUUUAUGGUCACUUUCCUUAGAAGGAACCUGUGUGGCCUUGGUGGAGACUCAGUGCCUCAUAUAUUACUCUUUACUAAUGCAUCACUGGGAGCUUUCAUUUUGAAGGGGAAGUAGAAAGGGCUGCACGUGCAUGGGAUGUAUUUCUGGCUUCCAGAGGGAGUAGCCAUGGUUAUCCAAACAAAAUAAAAUUAUCUUCACUUGUCCUUUGUUCUGUAACUUUUUGUAGAAGUGUUUGAGGAACCAGUAGCAAUUCAGGUAUAUUAUACUUCUUUUUCCAUCCCUUUUUAUUGGAUUAUUCUUUAGGGCUUUUGCUAGAAUUAGUGAAAUCUGACUAUUUAGAAAGAAAAGAUCCAUGUAGCUGGGCCAUUAAGGAAGAUAAAGGAAACGAACGGGCUGUGUGAGGCUGCCCAAUAUGCAAGGAGUUAAAGCAGCUUGGAGCAGAGUUGCUCUGUCAUUUUCUUUAGCGGUUAUCAUAAGCCAGGACCCAGAGACCUUCAUCAGGGUGUUCUGUAUGAAGGCCUUCUUUGGGGGUGGCAUAUUUUAUUAGAGGCAUGGCAGCUGAACAAUAAUAUUUUGUAGGUAGUCCACGUACCUAUUUGGUCUUCUCUCCAAGAUUAGUUGAGAAAUUUUGAGACCGUGGUAAACAGGUUUCCGAUGUUUGCCCAAACCCACAAGGAAUCAGAUGCUAGUUUUGAAAGGGAUUGCCAUGCAAGUAGUUAUCUUGCUUUCAUCAGUGAUAUAAAUUUAGCUUCAUGGAAAUUACCGUGUUAUAUUAUUAUUUUUCUCAUUUCAACAAAGACCGGUGAAAACUUCUUCGUGGACUGGAACCACCGGGUUGCUUAUACAGCGAGGUGGACCCUUAGCUAGUUGAUAACCAUACCCAGACAGUGUUGAUGCCGUCCCGAAGGGGAGAGCUCCAGCCCAAGAGUCUGGCCCGUAUCACGUGCCACUGAGGGUGCCUGUGCAGGAUUGGAAGCCUGGGGAAGAGGGGAGGAUGGAGGGAGGAAGGGCAGAAGGCCCAGGCAGGUCUGGGAGGAGAGGUGUCGAAGGGUUAAUAGGAAAUGCUUAGACAAAGGCUUUAAAGCUCUGAGGGCUUUGUUCUGGGACCAAAAAGGAGAAGGAAUUCUUAGAACUCUUCUCUUUCCCUUGGCUCCUUCCAGUGAAGGUCAGAUGUGAGAGAGAAAGCAGUUAACUUGGCUUACCUAGGAGACUUUAUUGUGGAAUAUUUUUCCAUCCUCUGUGGUUAGUAACCAUAGCCUACGCAGAUGGGAAAACCUGACCUCAGUGCAAGGUUCCUCUGCCGUCUGAGAUACACUGUCUCUGAUUUUACUUUUCUUUCUUCUUCAGGCUGCCUGAUAGGGGCUGUAAAUCUCAAAUCCAGCAAUCGAACCCCAGUGGUACAGGAAUUUGAAAGUGUGGAACUGUCUUGCAUCAUUACGGAUUCGCAGACAAGUGACCCCAGGAUCGAGUGGAAGAAAAUUCAAGAUGAACAAACCACAUAUGUGUUUUUUGACAACAAAAUUCAGGGAGACUUGGCAGGUCGUGCAGAAAUACUGGGGAAGACAUCCCUGAAGAUCUGGAAUGUGACACGGAGAGACUCAGCCCUUUAUCGCUGUGAGGUCGUUGCUCGAAAUGACCGCAAGGAAAUUGAUGAGAUUGUGAUCGAGUUAACUGUGCAAGUGAAGCCAGUGACCCCUGUCUGUAGAGUGCCGAAGGCUGUACCAGUAGGCAAGAUGGCAACACUGCACUGCCAGGAGAGUGAGGGCCACCCCCGGCCUCACUACAGCUGGUAUCGCAACGAUGUGCCGCUGCCCACGGAUUCCAGAGCCAAUCCCAGAUUUCGCAAUUCUUCUUUCCACCUAAACUCUGAAACAGGCACUCUGGUGUUCACUGCUGUUCACAAGGACGACUCUGGGCAGUACUACUGCAUUGCUUCCAAUGACGCAGGCUCAGCCAGGUGUGAGGAGCAGGAGAUGGAAGUCUAUGACCUGAACAUUGGCGGAAUUAUUGGGGGGGUUCUGGUUGUCCUUGCUGUACUGGCCCUGAUCACGUUGGGCAUCUGCUGUGCAUACAGACGUGGCUACUUCAUCAACAAUAAACAGGAUGGAGAAAGUUACAAGAACCCAGGGAAACCAGAUGGAGUUAACUACAUCCGCACUGACGAGGAGGGCGACUUCAGACACAAGUCGUCGUUUGUGAUCUGAGACCCGCAGUGUGGCUGAGAGCGCACAGAGCGCACAUGCACAUACCUCUACUAGAAACUCCUGUCAAGGCAGCGAGAGCUGAUGCACCUGGACAGAGCUAGACACUCAUUCAGAAGCUUUUCGUUUUGGCCAAAGUUGACCACUACUCUUCUUACUCUAACAAGCCACAUGAAUAAAAGAAUUUUCCUCAAGAUGGUCCCGGUAAAUGUAACCACAAGGAAGAGAACCUGGGUGCGUUCACUGAGUUGGGUUCCCAACCUGUUUCUGGCCUGAUUCCCACACGAGUAUUAGGGUGGUCUGAAAGAGCUUGCUCACAGAAGUGCCCCUGUGCUGGGCCCUGUGAAGCCAGCGUGUUCACCACUGGUCGUUCAGCGGCCAGGACAGCACCAUGUGAGAUGGCAAGGUGGCCAGGCAGCACCAGCAGCGCAUCCCGGCGGGAACCCAGAAAAGGCUUCGUACGCAGCAGCCUUACUUCAUCGGCCCACAGACGCCACCGCAGUUUCUUCUUAAAGGCUCUGCUGAUUGGUGGUGCAGUGUCCAUUGUGGAGAAGCUUUUUGGAUCAGCAUUUUGUAAAAACCACCAAAAUCAGGAAGGUAAAUUGGUUGCUGGAAGAGGGUUCUUGCCUGAGGAACCCUGCUUGUCCAACAGGGUGUCAGGAUUUAAGGAAAACCUUCGUCUUAGGCUAAGUCUGAAAUGGUACUGAAAUAUGCUUUUCUAUGGGUCUUGUUUAUUUUAUAAAAUUUUACAUCUAAAUUUUUGCUAAGGAUGUAUUUUGAUUAUUGAAAAGAAAAUUUCUAUUUAAACUGUAAAUAUAUUGUCAUACAAUGUUAAAUAACCUAUUUUUUUAAAAAAAGUUCAACUUAAGGUAGAAGUUCCAAGCUACUAGUGUUAAAUUGGAAAAUAUCAAUAAUUAAGAGUAUUUUACCCAAGGAAUCCUCUCAUGGAAGUUUACUGCGAUGUUCCUUUUCUCACACAAGUUUUAGCCUUUUUCACAAGGGAACUUAUGCUGUCUACACAUCAGACCAUCGUUGCUUAGGAAACCUUUAAAAAUUCCAGUUGAGCAAUGUCGAAAUCAGUUUGCAUCUCUUCAAAAGAAACCUCUCAGGUUAGCUUUGAACUGUCUCUUCCUGAGAUGACUAGGACAGUCUGUACCCAGAGGCCACCCAGAAGCCCUCAGAUGUACAUACACAGACAGCAGUCAGCUCCUGGGGUUGUGCCAGGCCCCCCCGCUAGCUCAGUGUUGCCUCGCUGUCUGCCAGGAGGCCCUGCCAUCGUUGGGCCCUGGCAGUGGCUGUGCCCCAGUGAGCUUUACUCACGUGGCCCUUGCUUCAUCCAGCACAGCUGUCAGGUGGGCACUCCAGGGACACUGGUGUCUUCCAUGUGGUGUCCCAGCUUUGAGCUCCCGUAACAGACCUCUUUUUGGUUAUGGAUGGCUCACAAAAUAGAGCCCCCAAUGCUAUUUUUUUUUUAAGUUUGUUUAAUUAUUUAAGACACUCUAAGGCCAAAGGCAAUUGUGAAAUCAAGUCUGUCAAGUACAAUAAUAUUUUUAAAAGAAAAUGGAUCCCACUGUUCCUCUUUGCCACAGAGAAAGCACCCAGACGCCACAGGUUCUGUCUCAUUUCAAAACAAACCAUUAUGGAGUGGCGGCCAGUCCAGCCUUUUGAAGAAUGUCAGGUGGAGCAGCCAGGUGAAAGGCCUGGCGGGGAGGAAAGUGAAACGCCCGAAUCAAAAGCAGUUUUCUAAUUUAGACUUUAAAUUUUUCAUCUGCCGGAGACACUGCUCCCAUUUGUGGGGGGACAUUAGAAACAUCACUCAGAAGCCUGUGUUCUCAAGAGCAGGUGUUCUCAGCCUCACAUGCCCUGCCAUGGACUCAGGACUGAAGUGCUCUAAAGCAAGGAGCCGCUCAGAAGGAGCCCUCCACUGUGUGCCUGGAGAAUGGCUCUCACUGCUCACCUUGUCUUUCAGCUUCCAGUGUCUUGGCUUUUUUAUACUUUGACAGCUUUUUUUUAAUUGCAUACAUGAGACUGUGUUGACUUUUUUUAGUUAUGUGAAACACUUUGCCGCAGGCCGCCUGGCAGAGGCAGGAAAUGCUCCAGCAGUGGCUCAGUGCUCCCUGGUGUCUGCUGCGUGGCAUCCUGGAUGCUUAGCAUGCAAGUUCCCUCCAUCAUUGCCACCUUGGUAGAGAGGGAUGGCUCCCCACCCUCAGCGUUGGGGAUUAACACUCCAGCCUCCUUCUGGGUUGUCAUAGUGAUAGGGUAGCCUUAUUGCCCCCUCUUCUUAUACCCUAAAACCUUCUACACUAGUGCCAUGGGAACCAGGUCUGAAAAAGUAGAAGUGAAAGUGGAGUCUGGGAAGUAGUUGCCUGUAACUGAGACUAGACAGAAAAGGAAUACUCGUGUAUUUUAAGAUAGAUAUGAAUGUGACUCAAGACUCAAGGCCGAUAUGAGGCUGUGAUUCUGCCUUUGGACGGAUGUUGCUGUACAUAGAUAUUACAGACUUGUACUAACACACCUGUAAUUUGGUAUUUGUUUAACCUCAUUUAUAAAAGCUUCAAAAAAACCCAAA